AGCGGCCUAGAAGUGUGUGCCGCUGUCUCAUUGCGAUUGCUUGUUACACUGUACUUUCAGCUAACCACCAGGGAGAAUAAAUCAGAUCUGACAAAAUGGCCACAUUUUUUGGAGAGGUUUUAUCGGUGUAUUCGCGGGCUGUGGAAGAGGACGAGGACGAAGUAGAGGAUGAAAACGAAGAGGAUCAGCAAAUCCGAAGAGAAAUGGAGCUGAAGAGGGCGGUCCACGUUGAGUGGUGCUCAGAGGUCACACAGUCAAUGAUGAACUCCAGUGAGAAAACUUUACAGUGUUCAGACUUUGUGAUAGCUGUGGGCUGUAAUGCGGCAGGUUUUCUCUCAGCCUAUGUCUUGAAUUCUGGGGACUGGACAGUUGUUGGCUCAGUGUCCCUCUGGAAUGAGAGGAGCAGGGGUUCAAGCAGACAGUCAGGAGUACCUCCACAGGGAGAGCCCAGCUGUGUGUUCUACAGACAAAGAGACUGCCCAUCGGUUAUAAUAUGCCUGUGCACCUGCCAUGUAGCUGAAGAUCAGUUAUUCCAGUGGACUGAAAAGGUGUUUGGCUACAUUCAGAGGAGAGGUCUUAAUGUGAUGGUGCUAGCAGACUGCUCCGUGGCCGAGUACAAGACCCCAGACUCCCCUUUCAGUAGUGGUGUGCCGUUCCUGCGAGCUCUGAAGUCCAGUCUGUAUGGAAGCCAGAUCAUCUGCCCCCUGCUGGAACAGCCCAAUAUUGUCACAGGUCUUCAAGCUGCGGUGCUUAGCCACUGUCAAGUUCACAGGAUCCCUGCAGUUCUCUACCAGAGUUACAGUGAUGUUAUCAGUCCUGACUCUGUCACCAUGGAGACCUACAAACCUGCUCUCACUUGCUUGAGCAAGCUGGUCAAGCUGAAUACCUGUCCGAGUACUGAGAUCCUCAAGAAAUUGGUACAGGUCAAUGAAGUUCAAAGUAACCUGUACACAUGAGCGUAAAGAAAUGUUUUUUAUUCUCUGUGUCUGAAUUGUUUCCUUUCUCAACUGUAUUUUAUAAGUAAUGUAAAAAAAAAA